AUGUCCGACGACAAUACCCGUCGCCACUGGCACGGAACCCCCGGCGACCGUUACGAGCAUCUGAAUGUCUGGAUGAACGGCGGUGCCAAGAGCCCUAGUGGUCGUGCUGCAUGGGCAAUGCCCAUCACUGAUAGAAGGGACUCCAACACCUCCACCUCCUCAAACAAAGGAACCGAAGGCACCGCACCCAAUCCUCCAACCCUGGGUGAGCGUCGCCGCAGCUCAGCCGGCUCUGCCAACGGUCUCUUCUCAAACUUGCACACACAGAAGCGUGAAUCUACAAACCCGGAUAUGGCUACCCGCCGCGCGAGCUGGAAUGAGCAGGCUGCUAAGGGCGGUAUGUUCUCGAAGUGGUGGGAUGGAUACACCCGGGGCGGUGACAACAAGUAG